UACUUUAUCACCAACCACCCAGUGGAGAAGCCUCCUGGACAGCCUGGAGUAACCCUGCUAGUGUCUGAUCAUUCCAGUGAAGUAGCAGUGUCCCUCAGUCCCUCUGGUGAUGUUGUUGAGGGCAGCUCAGUGACGUUAUUCUGCUGUAGUACUGCCCACCCUCCAGUGGAGAGCUACACCUGGUACAAGACUGGAGGCUACACGGCUGGUGAUAAGAGACAGACGAUGACCAUCACCAACAUCAGCGCAACAGACAGUGGAAACUACUACUGUGAGGCCCUGACCACCAAUAGACCGCUCCACUCCUCAGCGUUGUCUAUUCAUGUCCAGUAUGCUCCAAAGCACACAUCAGUGUCAGUCAAUCCUUUUGGGGAGGUAGUGAUGGGCAGCUCUGUGACUCUGACCUGCAGCAGUGAUGCCAACCCUGCAGUAGAGCGUUACACCUGGCUUCAGAGGACAAAAUCCCAAGCUUCACUGAGAGGGUCAGGGCAGAGUUACAGCAUCACUAACAUCAGCUAUGAGGACAGUGGGAAGUACUGCUGUGUAGCGGUGAACAAGCAUAGAUCACAGAGCUCUACUGUUACCAUGACUGUGGGGAAAAGUAGGUGCAAGGGGAUGCAUUGA